AUGGUGACCCCAGCAUUCCCUGUGAUUGAUCUAUCAGCAGCCUCUUCUGAAAGCGAAUUGGUAGAAAGAAUAGCAGAGGCAUGUUCUGAAUAUGGUUUCUUCCAGGUUACGUCUCACGGAAUCGACGAUGACCUUAUUCAGGCAUACCAAGAACAAUGCGAACUUUAUUUUGCAUUGCCACAUGAAACCAAGUUGCAGUGGAAAAGAAACGAGAGAAAUGCCCGCGGUUACUUUGAUGACGAGUUGACCAAACAAAGGCGAGACUGGAAGGAGGCUUUAGAUUUUGGAGUUCCAGGAUCACGAAAAUGGACGAUUGCCGAUGACGACCCAUCAAAUUUGUGCCUCGACGGAUGGAACCAACUACCCCAAGAGGACGUAUUGCCCAAUUUUCGAUCGGUUGUCACAAAGUAUUUUGAUGCGUGCGCAGAACUUUCUGACAAGAUAUCAAUACUGAUGGCCAAGGGAAUAGGACAAGACGAAUCGACUCCUGUACUAAAGGGGUUAAGGGAAUGCCACUCGAGUUAUUUGAGAAGCAAUUACUACCCUAAAUGUAACGAGACUGCAGAGGAUGGAAUGAAGCCAUUGGGUAUCUCGCCGCACAAAGAUGCAGGGUUCCUCACAGUUCUGCUGCAAGAUAUUGAUUGUCAUUCACUUCAAGUGUGGAAAGAUGAACAAUGGAUCACAAUUGUCCCUGUCCCUGGAGCCUUUACCAUAAACACUGGCGACAUGGCAGAGGUGUGGUCGAAUGGAAAGUACAAAGCUCCACUACAUCGAGUCGUGAGCGAUGAAACAAAGGAGAGGUACUCGGCUCCGUUCUUUUACAAUCCACCAUACGAUGCCCUCAUCGCGCCACUGUCAAGUGAACCGAUUUUCAAUCCAGUGUUGUGGGGGUAUUUUAGAGCUGUGCGCUUUGCUGGUGAUUUGACCAAUUUGGGCAUUGAGAUUCAGAUAGAAGACUUUCUUCGAGACCGGAAUUCAAAACACAUUGAAACUCAAAAACUAUUUGAAGAACAAGCCAACUUCAAAACUCCAUUCAGUGUGGAAACGUUCAGGUCAAUUCUAAUUUCUGGUUAG